ACCUGACGUCUGAUCUGACGUGCUAUGUGCUGUCUCGUUCCAAAAGUCUCGUUCUCGUUCCUAGUUUUGAAUUUUCACAGAAAAAAACACCGGGAAAAUUUUUCUCUGUAUUAUUCUGAAAAUGAAAUGAUAAAAUAAUUAUUUUUGAUAAAUGAUUAACAAAUCUACAAUUAUGGCUACACAAACUGACAUACUAAAAGAACAAGUAGUAGGAGAUACAUCUUUACAGGCCACAAUCAGUUUACUCCUUAGUGAACAAGAACUUGAAAAAGUAGCAGAGAAUGCGAAAGAAGGAAUGAAAUUUUUGACCACAUUCAGUGUCUGUGAAGCAGACAGGGAACUGUUGCAAUGGGUUAUUCCAGCUAUCAAAACAAGUUUACAAAAGAUUUUUGAUGAUAAUGCCUUACUGUCUGACACUGCAGAAGAUGAUUUUGUAAUUGAAAUUUUAAAGCAGAAUUUAUGUAUGGCUAUAGAUUUCCUUAAAAUGUUGAAAAUUGCUUUUGAGUAUUUGCUCACAAGUGAUGAAAUUGAUAUAAAUGAUGUUCCUAGUAUGACCACAAUUCCUGCACAAGUGAUAUUAUCAACUUUUGAACAUUGUAGGAAUAGUUCUGAAGCAUAUAAGAACAGUUUCAAUGAGGAAUUAUUACAAAUUUUCAACAUUGCUCAACAAGUGAACACUUUGUUCAUUAAAUUGUUCAAUUCUUGUAUAAUUUUAGAGAGCACCUCAGACAAUGCUGAUAGAAUACAUAUUGUCAAUAAAGUUUUAGCUGCAAUUUGUGAUGUAAGCAAAUCUUUAUCUGAUUUAAAUUUUAAAUAUUUAAUCAUGAAUUGGAAGGGCUAUGCAAGCAUUGCUCAAAAAUUCUCAGGUAUCUUGAAGGAUCACAUUGAUCUAAGGAAACCCAUGUUAUGCCUCAACACAGAUAUAUUGAAAAAUCAGUCUUUUAUUGCUGAUAAAUUGGAUUUUAAUGACACAAAUAUUGAUUUAAUUAGAAGAACUGGAUUUUUGAUAAAGGUUGCACUGAAAAUUUUAGAUAUCUUCUGGAAUUCAAUAAGAAGAAUCACAGAGGAAGUUCUUAUUUUGUGUUGCAUAAUUUGCAGCUUUCCCACUGACCAUUAUCACAGCCAAGUUUAUCUUAAAGACAUAACUACUUCAAUAGAUGAUACUAUUUAUGCAACUUUUGCACCAUUUGUUGAUAAACUGGUGGAAGAAAAUAUAAUUAUGUCUAUGCUAAACAUCAUCCCAGAUGAUUUGCUUAGUAAACAUCCAUUUGGUCUUUUAAAUUUUAUGAAUGCUUGUCUCAAAUGCAUAGCUACAAAACAAAGUUCCUUUGAUGUAAAUCUGGCAGAUAUUCUUAGGGCAGUUUUUGCAUGUACCAAGCAAUGUUUUAGUGAAUUUGCCUUGCUGAAGAAUAUUUUUGCUAGUAUCAUAGUAAAUUUUUCUGCAUGUGUGAUAGUGCACCAACAUUAUAAUGAAGAAAUUGAGAUUAUUUUAUUGGAAAAUUUACUGCAAGAAAAUCUCUGGUGUGCAUUAUUGGCCAUGGACAUUUGGUGCCUUAUUUUGAAGUAUUCUACUGAACAUUCAUCUAUGCGAGUUUUUGUGGAUCUCUUACAGAAAUAUCAUGAUUUGAAUUUUGGAGUUAAUACCCAUAGAUUAGAAGACAUUUAUUUGAAAUGUUUCAUACAGAAGAUUUUCAAAACAUUUCCAAAUUCUAUGAAAUGUCAGGUAUCUCGAAGUUUCAGGGAAAAUGACUGGAAUGUCUUAGGGUUUGAUGAUAUUUCUGUGGCACAGAAAAAUUUGGUUGAACAAAUUUGUUUGUGUACAAUUGAAAAGGCACAACAAUUAGGAUCUGGCGAAUUUUCCUUAACCAAUUUUGUUCUCAUUAUGGAAAACUUGGAAAUGUUAUCAACAUUGGAUUUUCAAAAUUAUGACAUGAAUGUGAAAAAAUUGUUAGAAAUGGUUGGAAUGCUCUGGGAAUUUGAUAACACUGACUUGAAGAAUGGUGUAUUCAAGUAUUUUGCUAACAAUCUUUGUAAAAUAACAAGAACGCUUAUCACAGACUUCAGCAAUAAACAACUAUUCAUGAUCCUGGACCGUCUAAAAAUAUUAUCCUGCGAAGAUUCACAUAAACUACAUGUUUUCGAUAUACUGUCAGAGCUUUGCAAUAAAAAUGCCAACGAAUUCGGGCAAGAUGGACUCAAAAUUUUCGCUGUCAUUUCAAAUAUUUUGCAUCCUAGUUUGACGUCAGACUCGAACAAUCUGAUGAAACAAAGUGUCCUGGAGAUUGUGGAGAAAUGUUCGAAAAAUGGUAAAGAUGAUAUCGUCAGAGACUUGGCUAAAACUUCUGUGAAAUCUCGAGAAGAUAUUAGUAAUUAUUUACAGAAACAUAUCACCGAUAGUACUUUAGAUAUAGCAUAUUUUACCAUUUUGGGGAAUCUGGAGUAUACUCAUAAAUGCGUGCAUUGGAAAAUGAUAACUGAUAAACCUGCCCCAAAGAAAAUCAAAUUGGAUAAAAAUUCACAAGACAAAGAAUUUCGGAAAUUUCAAGAGAACAAAAUGCUUGUUGGGAAACCGAUUUCGAAGGUUGUUCAAGAUUUCGAGGCUGCUAAAACUGUGGAUAAUGUACAUGAAACAAUAAUCAAUAUAAAGAGUGAAGUUAAGUGUCUGAUGAAUGUACUGAAAACAGAGAAAAUGACUGCAAAAAACGUUUCGGACCUUAAAAUUGUUGCCAAUCAAAUAUUGUCGCUCAUCUAGUUAGCAGUUACCUGCCUGAUAAUUCAUGAAAAUUUUGUAUUUCGAAAGUAAUAAAGGUUAUGUAAUUAACUCACUCUGUUUGUGACUUCCAAUGCU